AUGACGGAAGUUGUGCACCCAUCUUCUCCGGAAGCGCGUUCUGAAAAUCAGUACCAUGUCGAGGUUAAGAGAAACAGGCUGUAUUUUGAUCCCGAGGGACGAGGAGAAUCAGGCUGUGCCGAGAAAGAAAAUCCAAUAUCGACACCGCUCAAACUCGGAGCACUGAUAUCCGUCUGGUACACAAUUUGGGCUAUAAACCUGGCUUUGCAAUCCCAGGCCCAAACUGUUGGGCCUACUGUAAUCACUUUGAAGGACAAGCCUACUCAUGAAAUCCCUAAGCUUUAUGGUAUGAUGUAUGAGGAUAUCAACGUUGGUCAUCCUUCAAUUAAAACACACUCAGGAGAUGGUGGUUACUAUGCGGAAAUGCUUCGUAAUCGAGCUCUCCAAAGGAAAAAUAUCACAAAUCAACAGGAUGCCUUAGAGGCUUGGAGUUCUAUUGGAAAUAUCAAGCUUUCGGCUGUAGAUCUAUCCAAAUCUCUUCCACUUUCUGAGGCUUUACCAAACGCUUUAGAGGUUACCGUACCAGCUGGCCAAGAAGGAGCCAUUGUGAAUUCGGGUUAUUGGGGUAUGAAAGUUGACAAAUCUUGGACUUAUACCGCCUCAUUCUAUGCCAAGACAGCAACUAAAGGUAUCAGAUGUGGUCCUAAAACUACCGUCCGAUUAAUGAGUGUUGCUCAACCUGCAAGAGUUUUAGCGAAACAAACAGUAAGACCAUCAUGUCUUACUGAUAAAUGGCAACGAUUUGAAGUUCAAUUAAAUCCGAAACAUUCCGGUAUCGACGCAAAUAACGCAUUCACCAUCACAUUUGUUUCGGACUCCACGAAUGAUGAAGUGAUUCAUAUCACUCUAGCAAGUUUAUUUCCGCCCACUUUCAAAAAUCGUCCUAAUGGUGUCAGGAUUGAUUUGGCAGAGGCCACAGCUGCUCUUAAACAGACUUUCUUUCGAUGGGGCGGCUUCAAUCAUAGAUCUGAUGAAUUUGAACACCUUAGCAAUAAUAUUGAAGGUUAUAGUCCAGAUGACAGAUGGAAAUGGUAUGAAACUGUUGGCCCAUUGACUGAACGACCUGGACGUAAAGGAAACUGGGGUUAUACCAACACAGAUGGUUUUGGAUUGUUCGAAGUCUUGCAAUUCGUCGAAGACUUGAACAUGGAAUUCAUUGCAUCAGUAUGGUCUGGUCUAAAUUUAUCGCCAUUCAGGGCUGUACCCGAGUCAGAAAUAGAUAAGUACAUACAAGAAGGUGUGGAUAUGCUCAAUUUCAUUGUGGGACCUGUUUCAACAAAACAAGGUGCUCUUCGCGCCUCUCUAGGUCACCCCAAGCCUUUUAACGUAAGAUUUGUGGAAGUUGGAAACGAAGAUUUCUUUGACUCUAACACCUAUACAUACCGAUGGAAACAUAUUGCACCAGUUCUUAUGAAACAAUUUCCUCAACUUAAGUUUGUUGCCACCACUUUACCAAAUCAACCAGAACUUUCACCAGCACCAUUUGGUUGGGAUAUCCAUAGCUACAAUACAGCGGAAUGGUAUGUUCAACAUACUCAAGACUACGAUUCUUUUCCACGAAAUGGACCCAAGAUAUUUCAACUCGAGUUGGGCAAGGACCGAAGAGCCCAACGCUACAUAGAAGGUGCAGUGGCUGAGGCAGCCUAUAUGACAGGAUUUGAGAGAAACUCUGACAUAGUCGAAGGUAUUGCCUAUGCUCCUACUCUCUGCAAUAUACAGGUUCCUGAAGCAUCACAAUGGCACCCCAAUUUGAUUGAUUUUGAUGUUCUUGGUGUUUACCCAACAGCUUCGUAUUAUGUUCAACAAAUGUUUGCCACAUAUCUAGGAGAUAAAUAUUUACCUUCCAAUUUACCUUCAAAGAUUGAUAAACUGAGUUGGUCAGCUACAGUGUCAACCUCUGAUGGUACAGUAUUUGUGAAGUUAGCAAACGCAGAUGAAUCGGAUCGAAAGGUAUCCAUUGAAUUGCCUUUCAAUACUGAAAAUCAAAUCACUACUUUAACGUUAGAAAAAUUAGGAAAUUCUAUAAGUGUGCCUGUUAAAAAACAAGUUCCAAUACCAUGUAUCUUGGUUGUACGCGUAACGGCCACAGAGGCAGCUUUUUUAAUUAAUCUAACUAAGAAAGACUUGAAGAAUCAGACUGAACUACAUGAUAAGAAGAUCUGUGAAAAAGGCGGAAUUCUGUGGGCGGCCUACAUAACAUGUUCUGACCCUUUACAAUAUUAA